AUGUCGUAUAUGUUACCACAUUUACAUAAUGGCUGGCAAGUUGAUCAAGCCAUUUUAUCAGAAGAAGAUAAAGUUGUUGUUAUCCGUUUUGGACAUGAUUGGGAUCCAACAUGUAUGAAAAUGGAUGAAGUUUUAUAUAAAGUUGCUGAAAAAAUUAAAAAUUUUGCUGUUAUUUAUUUGGUUGAUAUUACUGAAACACCAGAUUUUAAUAAAAUGUAUGAAUUAUAUGAUCCAUGUACGGUUAUGUUUUUCUAUCGUAAUAAACAUAUUAUGAUCGAUCUUGGUACAGGCAAUAACAAUAAAAUAAGUUGGGCUUUAGAAGAUACACAAGAAUUUAUUGAUAUUGUUGAAACAGUUUAUCGUGGAGCUCGUAAAGGUCGUGGUUUAGUUAUUUCACCAAAAGAUUAUUCUACAAAAUAUCGUUAUUAA